CCGCAACGUUCCACCCCGUGACUCCGGUUGCCUAGGAGAAGUCGCGGGCUCUGCGGUUGCCAUGGCGACCAGUCAACAGCCGGGGGACGUGCCUGCGCGGAGCCGGGAGAGGGGCGGCCGCACCGAGUAAUGCCGGCCAGCAUGUCUGGCUCAAUGAGCGCUUCAUCCAGUGCAUCCAACAGGUCCCGGGCCCGCACUCGUUACAGAACCAAGGCCCUGAACUCAGAGGUGGACGAGAGCCUGUUUGGAAUUGCCAAGAACCUGCAGCGAUCAUGCUCUGGCAGCCCCCUAGUGAUCCUACGGGAUGUGCAGACUGUCCAGAAAUCACCCUCUGCCUGUGGCUGGGGCCACAAACCUGAGACCAUCCGCCUCAUCACCAGGGACCUCAUCCGUGAUCUCAUUGUUCCUGCAGAGGACCCAUCGGGAGAAUCCCUCAUUAUGAGCCCAGAGGAUUUCCACCGCAUUAAGACAGCAUCCCGAGUCCUGACCAAGGAGGAGCGUGAGGCCAGCAUAGCAGCCCUCAAGGCAGAGAAGGAAGCUGUUAUAGCUGGGGUGAAUGAGCGCAAGAACACCAUGAAGCAGAAGGGGAUAGUGCAGAAGAAGAAGGAGAAGCUGAGCGACCUGGAGGAGGAGGCCAAGGAGCGAGCCCAGUACCUGCUGCAGCGGGCCAACAGGAUGCGCAUGGAGCAGGAAGAUGAGGUCAAGGAGCUCAGUGAGAUGAUCCUGAACGCAAAGUGCCAGGCGAUCCGCGAUGCACAGAUGCUGGAGAAGCAGCUGAUUGAAAAGGAGCUGGAGGAGGAGGAGAAGCGCCUGGACCAGAUGAUGGAGGUGGAGAGGCAGAAAGCCACCAAGAUGCAGGAGGAGCUGGAGCAGAAGAGGAAGCAGGAGCAGAUCAGAGGGAGGCAACAUCUCAUCAAGCAGAUCGAGAAGAACCAGCAAGAGAGGGCUAUGAAGGCGGAGCAGCGGGACCAGGAGGCCCAGGAGAUGCUGGAUUAUCUGGAGCAGCUGCAGAUGGAAGACCUGAGGGACAUGGAGCACAGACAAGAGCAGAAGAUGAAAAUUCAAGCUGAGAUUAAACGUAUCAAUGAUGAAAACCAGCAGCGUAAGGAGGAACAGCUGGCCCAGGAGAGGAUGGCUGACCAGCGGGUGCUGGAGUACCAGAAGCAGAAAAUGGCACGGGAAGCAGAGUUCGAGGCUGAACAGGAGAGGAUCCGUCGGGAGAAGGAGAUGGAGACGGCGCGUCUGAGGGCAUUGCAGGAAAAGGCCCAGGAUUACCAAGCAGAGCAGGAUGCGCUGAGGGCCAAGCGGAACCAAGAGGCCACCGAGCGAGAGUGGCGCCGGAAGGAGAAGGAAGCUGCGCAGAGGAAGGCGGAGACUGAGGCCAUGCUGAAGAAGAGUCGGCUGGAGCAGAUAGCCCACAAGGAGCACAGCCUGGCUGUGCAGGUGCAGCGGGACCGCAACGAGUUCGAGAGGAUCCUCAGAGCCCAGCGGGAUCAGAUUGAGAAGGAGCGGAAGGAGCAGGAGCGGCGCGCAGCCCUGCAUCUGAACCACGCCGACCAGGUGCGGCGCCAGGUGCGCGAGCACCAGCAGAAGCAGGUGCAGGAGCGAAUCGCUACCUUCGAGGAGGGCAAGCGGCUGAAGGAAGAGGCACGCCGGCGCAGCGAGCGCAUCAGUGAGAUCAAGAGGAAGAAGAUGGAGGAGCUCAGAGCGGCCGGCCUGCCUGAGAAGUACUGUGCCCAGGUGGCGCGCCGAGCCCUUACUGAGCCAGCCUCCGUGCACUGAGGGUCUCCAAGGCAGCAUAGCCCAGCCCAACCUGGCUCCACCGCACGGCAAGGAAUCGCAGCCCAGCCUUGCCAGGGGCCUAGAUUGUAUAUUUUGUUAGUUUCUGAGAGUGUUUUAUGAAUAGAGAUAUUUAUGGAGGUGUUGGUGUCCUUCACUUUGCUGUGUCCCUGAACCAGCCCCACCAGGGGAGGAGGGAACAGCAUCCCCUCUCCAGCUUGGCCCAUCUCUAUGGGCUGUGGAGAGUGGCUCACCCAUGCUCACCAGGUGAGAGGGACGCGUUAGUGGGUACCUCCCCUCCUCUUCCAUGGAGGGGCUUGUGUCAGGGCCUGGACUGGCACAUGGGUGGUCCAACCGCAGGCUUCCUGGGUUACUGUGGGCAAGGUGUAUGGGCAUUUUCUUCACUGUGCUACAGUCCUCAGCUCUGUUACAAGGGGCUCCUCAGCUGGCUUGCAGCUUGAGGCCAGAGCCAGACCAGCCAGUCAUUGGCAGCCGGGAAAAAUCCCGGCUUGAUCUGUUCCCAUAUCCCCAUGUCCAUCAGUAGAGAAUGGGAAAGGCUGGAGUCGUGCUCUGAUGUCUGAGAAGGGCAAGAUAAUCCAUACGCUCCUGAGGCAGCCCUGGAAAUCCUGCUGGGCCCCUGCCCUCCGGACGGCGUCGGCUCCGGACCCCGCUGGGCCCCUGCCCUCCGGAUGGCAUCAGCUCCAAGGGAGAAAUCCAUGCAGGACCGUCACCCCGAACAAUCCUUUGGACAGAGUUAGAUACAGCACAGAUGGGUCCCUUCCUUGGCUUGACUGUGACUUGAUGGCUGUCAGCUCAGUUCCAGAUCCCCUAGCAUCGAGCAGCGCUCCCUGGGCUUUAACAACCCUUGUCAUUAAAGCUGGAUGAACAGUGGAGCAGCUGCCAGAAUACCAUCAAGAACUCUCAACAGGCUCAUUCUCCCAGUACAUCCUGUCCUUGGCUCCCGAUUCCCACUUGGAUGGCUGACAAUCCCCGCAGAGCCCCCCCUCUCCCCGCCCCCGUGUGCUCUGUAGUGCUGUAGGAUUGGUGCUGAGAGCAGCACUAGAGUUAAAGUUGAAACCGGAUUUUCCUUUGCAGUCUAGUUCUGUUCUGCUGUCAGUGUUUUUUGGAACAAACUCUUGACGUAUAUUCUGAGAACGGACGUACUGGAGGGAGUCACACUGCAUGGGGAAACGGACUGGCGCCAAGUGCAGCAACAGCAGAAAAUCCCUGAGUGCAGACAGAGUGCUCCCAGCUGUGCUGCUCAGGAGUGCCAAGAGCCAGUGUCUCAGGCACAGCAGCGUACCCCAUGGAGCACUUUCUCCAGAAGAAUCACUGACAGAGGGGUUGGGUUUCAGUGGUAGCCGUGUUAGUCUGUAUCAGCAAAAAAACAAACGAGGAGCCUGUGUGGCACCUUGGAGACUAACAAAUGUAUUUGGGCAUAAGCUUUUGUGGGCUAGAACCCACUUCAUCAGAUGUAUGAAGUAAAAAAAUACAGGAGCAGGUAUAAAUACAUGAAAGGAUGGGGGUUGGGGCAGGAAGAUUUGCCUAACUGAAGGCUCUAGGCACCCAUGUCCCUGGGACAAAAGAUUCUCUAGCUGCUCCUCACAGCUCAUACAACAGCAUCUGCCUGUACCCCAGAGGUGAUAAACCCUUGCUGUUACAGAGAGGCCCGGGCUGGAAGGAGGAGGGGGAAAGAAGGAGAAAGAGAGCAAGCUGGGAAUGGAAAGAUGAGAAAAAUCAUCAGAGGGUCUUUGAUAGAGGGAGGCGCAGGCUGGCUUGCCUCCCUCCUCUGGCUCCUGCAGGUUCAGCUCUGUCCCCAUGUCCCAGAACAGCAUAGUCCUGUAGAUGGCAUCAGGGUGGGGCUGAGAUCUCAGCUGGUGGGCCGCUCUCUCUCUCUCUGGACCUAUGGUGAGGAUGGCAUUGGUCAUGGAGCUCAGGGUUUGUUCUGCUGAAUAAUUCAGAGUGAUGGACACAACAGAUCCGAGAGCGUGUGAAUCUCUACAGUGUCUUGCGGGCCUCAAUCAGCACAGGAGCCUUGGAGAGGCUGUGCUCUCCUGCGCUGAGGCAGAUGGGGCCAGAUUGGCACAGGCUAGAGCAGCCUGAGGGCUGCCCUAAGUAAUAGGCUCUCUAAACGUUGUGGCAGCAGAGCUUAGCUUGGGUGCAGGACUCUGUAGGCCAUGUCUCCUGUCCCUGAACGCCCCCUGUGCCAGUGGUUUUGCAGUGGUAGUGCAGAGCUGGGAGAUCCAGGCCCCUUUGCUUAGCUUAGCGGGGGCAACGUGUCCUCAGAGGGAGGGUCAAUCCUUCCCAGAGCCCAAAAUGUCCCAGGGAAUAAGGCCUGACUGACAGCCACACAGAGGAGAGCAUUGAGGUUGUCUGGGCUAGGAGGGUAGGGACUGUGUAUGAUAGAAGAGGUGCUGUCGAUAGGUCCAUGGCUUUAGAAUAUGUUCUGUGGUGCUGGGUGUUGUAUCAUUGUCCCUUAGGAACUGUAAGUGCUUUUCCAGAAGCAUUUAUGUUCAAAUAGCCACAGGCCCCGUACCACCUCGUGACCUCUCAUGAGCAGAUUCUCCCUAGCAGGAAUUGUGCAUCAAUUAAUUCCUCAGUAGGAGAUUCCCUCAGCCCUGUAUGUUGUCGGAGAAGUCAGAGCCAGACGCUCAGAGACGUAUGCACCAAGCAUUCUCAAAGAAACCCAGCGGAAACAGCUACCUCCCUGGAUAGGCUCAGCCCACUGACUAAGAGCCAGCCGCACUAGCCUGUUGUGCUACAGCGAUGGUUUGCUAAGAUAAUGGGAGGAAGCAGGUGGUGUGAGGCUUGUCACUGGCUUUUCUCCAGGAGGCUAUUUCUGCAUCCUGGUGGAGUUUGUAGAGAACUCUGUAAAUGGUACAGCUUGGAGAAAAUGGAGGGAAGUCGUGACAUUCAUCUGCAGAGCCCAGGUUACAGAGCUUUGCACUGUGGCUUGGUGUAAACUGGAGGAAGGGGAGGUGGACGAAUGCCAGCUCUUUGAGGGGGAUGUCUCAGCAAGACCAUUAGCAGCACAUUAGGAUAGGGACCCUUAGCAGCGGUCCCUAUCCCCACCACCCAAACCCAGCCUGAAGUUGCACAGGUGCAGCAUCAUGGAGGUGCCUGUCUGGGCUCCACAGCUCAGUUUGGGCCGAGUUUUGCACCUACAGCAGGGAUUCAACCACUUUGUUACUGUGAAAAGUGCAAAUUAGCCUUCAACAUGACCGCACAUGCUCUGAAUGUGGAACGGAUAUUCUCCAGGACAUCUGUUAACUAGUUUGAAUAAAAACUAAUUAAAAAUGGCUCUUCUAAGAUUCUGAGAACCGUACAUCAGACCUUUUCUGUCUGCGAUGAUCUGAACAGAAUAACUCUAACUCUUCCAGCUUCCCGGAGACUUAGGACUCAUUGAAAUCCUGCACAUUGACCAUGUUAGUAGCCAUGUUUUAGAGGCAAUGGCCAUUUUUGACAUUACUCAGAGUGAAAGUUUCUCCUUCAGCAGAGGGUGGCCUAUAGUCGGUCAGAGAAUGCCUUGGGCUGCCCCAUUUCAAAUUGGGCUGCCAUCUUCUAAUUGUUCUCAAUGAGGCCGAAACGCCAGGUGCCCUCAGCAGAAAUGUCCGUUGCCUCCAUUUGCUGGCUCUUUGCAGGGGUCCUGAAUCUGCUUCCUUGCAACACAGGAUGCUGCUACCGUUUUCACUGAAUGCAGCUCACUCAUGCUGGAAGCAACGGCAGCUAGGAGCCAUUUUGAAAGAGGGACAUUCUUCAUAGAAUCAGAGAAGAUUAGGGUUGGAAGAGACCUCAGGAGGUAUCUAGUCCAACCCCCCUGCUCAAAGCAGGACCAAACCCAACUAAA